GACGACGACCUGGGUACGGACUCAGGGAUUGAAGCACUCGUGACGGCUCUGAAGGAGGCGAUCGAGGGCAUCGUUCCGAACCGAGUGGGCGAGAUUUUCGACAAGUACUUCGACAGUUCGAGUCGGCGCAGCGCGGAGUCGGUGGGCUCGUUGCUGACAAAGAGGAGCGAAGUUCGGCAACAAUUCCUGGGAGCGGACAAGUCUACCAAGCUGAGUGAAAAUAUCGAGGUAUAUUUCCUGCUGAAGCUGAGUGGCCUGUCCAAGGCUCAGCACUCCCAG